AUGUCUAUGUCAGCGCUGAUGUCCACCCUCCGCGCCGCCGGCCGGAAGCACCUCUCCGCCGGCACCCUCUGCACAAAGACGCUUACCGGCUCCUACCUGUUCAGGAUCGAACAGUACAAACGCCUCCAGAACAUGGUCGCCAACGGCACUUUUAUCAAGUCCGGCACGUUCAGCGUCGGCGGCCACGACUGGAGAAUCCACUGCUACCCGAACGGCGAAAACGGGAACGAAGGCUCCAUCUCCCUCUACCUCAAACAUGACAGCCAUGACAAGACCGGCGACGCCACGGCGGAUUUCCACAUGAGCAUCCUUGACCACGCAGGGAGGCCAUUGUGCACCGAUGGCAAGAUCCAAUCAUCAAACGUAACCGAUGGUCAGACUCAAGGCAACGCGCAAAACUUCCCGAGCGACGCUUAUCUCACGGUUCGCUGGGAAGACUUCGUGAAUGUUCAAGUUCAAUACCUCGACGAGGAGGAGUACCUCAAGGACGGCUGCCUGUCCAUCCUAUGCGACGUCACCGUGCUCGACACGCGCACCACCGACUACCGCGCCGGUUGCGUGGUGCCGCCGUCCGAUCUACACCAGCAGCUCACCGAGGUUCUCUGGGAGUCCAAGGAAGGAGUGGACGUGGAGAUCGAGGUCGGCGGAGAAACGUUUCCCGCGCACAGGUGGAUGCUCGCCGCGCGAUCCCCCGUCUUCAAGGCGGAGCUCCUCCAGUCCUCUGCAGCCUUGUCGUCGAGGAUACGCGUUGACAACAUGGACGCCGGAGUAUUCAAGGCCCUCAUCCACUUCAUCUACACCGACACGCUGCCCAAGGAGAUGAUGGAGAGGCAAGAGACUCUGGCGACAACCAUGGCGAAGCCGCUGCUGCUCGCAGCGGACAGGUACAAGCUGGAGAGACUGAAGCUGAUCUGCGAGGAUAUAUUGUGCGGGCACAUCGACGUGAAAUCGGUGGGCGCCACGCUAGCGUUUGCGGACCAGCACAGUUGCCGCAUGCUGAAGGAGGCUUGUAUGGAGUUCCUGGCUGACCCUGCUAAUCUGGAAGCAGCCGUCUCAACCCGUGGUUUUGAGAAACUUUAG